AGCGAGCCAGACGGGGCCGCCGCUGCCAGACCCUUGGCGAGGCAAGGCAAGGCACGGAGCAGGCACAGAGGCCGAAGCCCCCCCAGCCCGCCAAGCGCCUUUGGCCACCAGGGGCAGAAGGAGCAUCCCGCCGCCCGAGGCCAGGCGACCGAGCCCUAGUCCCAGCUCUGACCCCGUGGAGCUAGCUAGCCGGUGGCGCUUACCCGGUCCUCUCUUGCCUCCGCAGCAGGUGGCUCGGCGGCGUCGCGAUGGGUGGAGGGACGGUGCAGAUGUUGCUGUUCUUGGGGCUCCUGCAUUGGGGUCCGGGCGGAGAGGGCAGGAAGAGCUGGAGGCGGCGCGGACCGCAGCAGCAACCCGCGGCGGCGGCCCGAGAGCGGAGCGAAGCGGCUGGGCAGCCGGUAGAGAGCUUCCCGUUGGACUUUACCGCCGUGGAGGGGAACAUGGACAGUUUCAUGGCUCAGAUCAAGAACCUGGCGCAGUCGCUAUACCCUUGCUCCGCGCAGAAUCUGCACCAGGAGCUGAGGCUUCACAUGCUGCUGAACAGCUCGGUCACCUGCAACGACGGCAGUCCCGCUGGCUACUACCUCAAAGAAUCAAAAGGCAGCAGAAGGUGGCUUCUAUUCUUGGAAGGAGGCUGGUAUUGCUUCAGCAGAGAGAAUUGCAAUUCUCGUUAUGAAACAAUGAGGAGAUUAAUGAGCUCCAAGGAGUGGCCCAUUACCAGAACUGGAACAGGCAUUUUGUCAUCACAACCAGAAGAAAAUCCUCACUGGUGGAAUGCAAAUAUGGUUUUCAUCCCAUAUUGCUCAAGUGAUGUCUGGAGUGGAGCCUCUGCCAAAACUGAGAAAAAUGAAUUUGUCUUCAUGGGUGCUCUUAUCAUACAAGAAGUUGUAAAGGAAUUAUUGGGGAAAGGCCUUGGAAAUGCCAAGGUGUUGCUGUUGGCAGGAAGCAGCGCUGGUGGAACAGGAGUCCUCUUGAAUGUGGAUCGAGUGGCUGAACAGCUGGAAGAGCUGGGAUAUCCUGGGAUUCAGGUCCGUGGCCUUGCAGACUCUGGCUGGUUCUUGGAUAAUAAACAAUAUCGUAGGACAGACUGCAUUGAUACCAUAACCUGCGCCCCCACAGAAGCCAUCAGGAGAGGAAUUAGAUAUUGGCAUGGACUUGUUCCUGAACGCUGCAAAAUGCAGUUUAGAGAAGGAGAAGAAUGGAAUUGUUUCUUUGGCUAUAAAAUUUAUCCUACUCUCCGAUGUCCGGUUUUUGUGGUGCAGUGGCUGUUUGAUGAAGCUCAACUCACUGUGGACAAUGUACAUUUGACUGGCCAGCCUGUACAGGAAGGACAGUGGAUUUAUAUCCAAAAUCUGGGCCGUGAAUUGAGGAAUACUCUCAAGGAUGUGAUAGCCAGCUUUGCUCCAGCUUGUUUGUCUCAUGAGAUCAUAACACGCAAUCAUUGGACAGACAUCCAAGUGAAAGGGACCUCUUUGCCCCGAGCUCUGCACUGCUGGGAUCGCAGUCUACAUGACAGCAAUAAGAAUGGGAAAGCCCCGUUAAAAGGCUGCCCAGUCCAUCUGAUUGACAGCUGCCCAUGGCCACAUUGUAAUCCAUCAUGCCCUACCAUCCGGGACCAAUACACUGGCCAAGAGAUGAAUGUGAUCCAAUUUCUCAUGCAUAUGGGUUUUGAUGUGCAGAAGAUGGCACAGCAGCAAGGGUUGGAGCCCAGUAAACUUCUAGGGAUGCUGAGCAGUGCUAGCUAGAAGUGUAUUCUCUUAAGGACAACGGCUUGACUUUAGACACCCAAACUUUCUGCCUUCUUUGCUCACGUACAGCACAUAAACAUCUACAGAGACAAGUAGCCGAACUAACGCACAUAGCUCUUGCACAAUUAGUCUAUCAGGAUCAAAUGGACAGAAUCUCAUCUACCCACUUAAAUGAAGCAUUACCUCCACAUUACUGCCAAGCAGUACGUUCACAAGGACAAUCUACAGGAAGUAACGGGUGCCUAGAAACUCCAGCCUCAAGAACCCAUAGGGGCCUUCGUGCAUUUUAUCAUUUCCAAGGCAUUUCUAGGCCAUAGAGUGACUUUGGAAAUGGGUGGGAGCAUUGAAUUAUUCUCCCAUCAGAAGUGAAGAUACGACCACGAGGACUUCCUGGAGCCAGCAGCUCUCCAUGUAAGAUACUGUACAAACAAAGCACAGCGGCUACAAAUGGAUCUACCGUGUAUUCAAUUUACUUUUGUAUUGUUUUAUGAAAUGAUUUUAUUACUUGACUUUCAAAAGAAAUAAGCAAGAAAUAUAAAAUUAAUGAUAUUGUUUUGUAACAUAUUUUUUAAAUAAUGAAGAAAACGGCUUAUGCUAUUUUGGCAAUGUGAAAAUAUUUAUUUUAAUAUGUAAAUGCUAUUUAUAAGGGCUGAUCCAAGAUAUGCUCACAUGUUGUAAAGUUGUAAAUACUUUCUUGGAAAGGUUUUCCUUGUGAACACAUAUGUAUGGGAGAGGGCAAGGGUCAGCAUUGGCAUUAUUAUUAUUAUUAUAUUAUAUAUUAUUAUUAUUAUUAUUUUAUUAUAUUAUUAUUAAAUCCUUAUGACUCCCU